CCCUGGUGAAACCCGGCGCUCCCCCUUCCCUGUCUCCUGGGUCUCUAGAGGAGCCCUGCUAGGAGGCUCGGCUAGUGUUGCCGGGCCCAGGGCUGCCGGGACCGGGCUGCGGCUCUCGCUAGCGGGUCAUGUCGGCCGCCCAGGGCUGGGACAGGAACCGCAGGAGGGGAGGAGGCGCCGCGGGCAAUGGCGGCGGCGGCGGCGGCGGCGGCGGAGGUAGCGGGGCCGGCGGGGGCAGCGGGGGCAGCGGGGGUCGGGGGACUGGCCAGCUCAACCGCUUCGUGCAACUCUCCGGACGGCCGCACCUGCCAGGUAAGAAGAAAAUACGAUGGGACCCUGUUAGGAGGCGCUUCAUUCAGUCCUGUCCCAUCAUAAGGAUCCCUAACAGGUUUCUGAGAGGCCACAGACCUCCACCUGCACGAAGUGGACACCGUUGUGUGGCAGAUAAUACCAAUCUAUAUGUGUUUGGAGGUUAUAACCCAGAUUAUGAUGAGUCAGGAGGGCCAGAUAAUGAAGACUAUCCUCUCUUCAGGGAGCUUUGGCGGUAUCACUUUGCUACAGGAGUAUGGCACCAGAUGGGCACAGAUGGGUACAUGCCCCGGGAAUUGGCAUCGAUGUCACUUGUGCUGCAUGGAAACAACCUGUUAGUGUUUGGAGGCACAGGCAUCCCGUUUGGCGAGAGCAACGGAAAUGAUGUCCACGUCUGUAACGUGAAGUAUAAGAGAUGGGCUCUCCUCAGCUGUCGGGGGAAGAAACCCAGUCGUAUAUAUGGACAGGCCAUGGCCAUCAUCAAUGGCUCCCUUUAUGUCUUCGGAGGGACAACUGGCUAUAUUUACAGCACAGACUUGCACAAAUUAGAUCUUAAUACCAGAGAGUGGACACAACUAAAACCAAAUAACCUAUCCUGUGAUCUACCAGAAGAGAGAUACAGACAUGAAAUUGCACAUGAUGGACAGAGGAUUUACAUCUUGGGAGGUGGUACUUCCUGGACAGCUUAUUCCUUAAACAAGAUCCAUGCAUACAACCUUGAAACAAAUGCAUGGGAGGAAAUUGCAACAAAACCCCAUGAAAAAAUAGGUUUCCCUGCAGCCCGAAGAUGCCACAGUUGUGUUCAAAUAAAAAAUGAUGUGUUUAUUUGUGGGGGCUAUAAUGGAGAAGUGAUCCUGGGAGAUAUCUGGAAAUUGAAUCUGCAGACUUUUCAAUGGGUAAAGCUUCCAGCUACCAUGCCAGAGCCCGCUUAUUUUCACUGUGCCGCUGUCACACCAGCUGGUUGCAUGUACAUUCAUGGAGGAGUGGUGAACAUCCACGAAAACAAACGGACUGGCUCGUUGUUUAAGAUCUGGCUGGUGGUACCUAACUUGCUGGAACUGGCAUGGGAGAGGCUGCUUGCAGCCUUCCCUAACCUAGCCAACCUCUCCCGAACACAGCUUCUGCACCUUGGACUCACACAGGGACUCAUCGAGCGCUUGAAAUGAGGAUUUCUGGACUGUUCAUUGAUACUGGAAAUGUUAAUUUAAAGAGACUUCUUUAUUUAUGGGCAGUGUAGAAUGUGCUACAAAGAGGAUUGGUUACCCUGAUCAAGGCCUUAUUCAGAAAAUACAUCAGAUGCCUUUCUGUA